AUGAAUGACAAGAUGUGGAAUUGCAUGCAAAAUUUUCUGCAACAAAUCCAAACGGAAGUUAAAACGCGCGAUUGGAAACAACAGAUCAAUGCGAGUUUGGUCUAUGCCAGACAAUCAUUCGAAAUCAAUCAAGAACAAUCAAUUUACACGUUAGCAACGAUUCUGAUUCUUGAUUUGAUUUUUGGUUGGAAUGUUUAUCUGGUCGGCGUCCUGCUUGUAGUAUAUUUCUCAGUAUCCGUUUUUGAAUAUUCCGUAACAAUCAAUGAACUGGAUUGGUUGUUUUAUUGUGCGAUUUAUAUAACGUUUAACGUAAUUGAAUACUCCUGUCUUCAUUAUCAAUUUCCAUUUCACGUGAUCUAUAUGAUUAAUUGUAUAUGUCUACCGGGAUUUCUCUUUCCCGACGAAAUAUAUGAUAACAUAAUUAUUAUCCAGAGAAGUGUCCGUGAAUUUGUUCUGAAUUACAAUAAGCAAAAUCAAGAAUUUUACAACGCGAAAGCUGGCCAGAGUAAUAUUGAAGAUGCUUCCACCUACGAUCAAUAUAACAAUCCUAUCGAUGGAGAAUAUGAUUUAGGUCGUGAUGGUGCAUUCACUGAUUAUCGAAUAUUAAUUGGACAAUUCUAUAAAAGUGGAGAUAUGAAAGCACCUAUUGAUGCAUUAGAAAAGAAAGGUUUUCACGUUGAAAGUGUCAAAACUGAACUCGAGUUUAUCGCCAAACUUCGAUCAGAACAGUAUGAGAUAGCUUGGGUGAUCAGUUCCAGUUCUAUCGAACAGGUUGCCUUCAUUCCAACCCUGAUUGACUUCCAUGCAGCAGGCGGAGCGAUAUUUCUCUUCGCUGAUAAUGUCCCGUAUGUUUCUCAUGCCUCGGGAUUUCUCAAUAAAAAGUUUGGCAUUUCACUUAUCGGGAAUUAUCCCGGGAAUAAAACGCUUGUCUUCAAUGAAAAUGGCUAUUUAGAACCAGGAUACUUUGGCCAACAUGAAAUAUUUACGGGCAUUAAAAAUCUCUUCGAAGGCGUCACGAUUUGUCAUCCUAUUCAAUCCAGAAUCACAGCUUCUCAAGCAAUGACCACUUUAGCAACAGCAACCGAUGGUCAGCCAUGUAUCAGUGUAUUCGAGCCUCCAGCGGGCUCGUCCGAAGGACGUUUAUGUCUCGAUUGUGGUUUUACGAAGCUAUUUAUUAAUUGGAAUUCCGCUGGUACUGCUAGAUUCGUGGUUAAUGCUAGUUGUUGGCUAGCGAAAGCGAUGAAAUAA